GCGCGCUCACUGCACUCGUCUCUCUCGGGCUCCCCCUCUUCUCUUCUGUCUCCCUCCUUCCUCGGCUGUCGCAUUUCAGUGAGAGUGCUGGAGGAGAGAGACCCUGGGGUCGAAGGUUCUGCCCUGCCCGCCGCGACCCCAACCCUUCACGGCUUCCGAAACAUCCGAUGCCCGCCGCCUUUGACACAUCAGCGGACCACCUCCGAGCGCGUUUGGGCCAAAAGAGAAGCUUGGUGUCUGUGUAGGUGGUGACUCAGAUUCAAGCCUCAGGACUAAAGGAUGCUUGCUCACCGGAUCUCCCCUGUUCCUCUGUGACCUGCUCAUGCCCCAACCAGAGGUGCCAUGGCGCGCAGAAUAUCCUCCCAGGGGAAGGUCACCAUCUCCGUGGAUGAGUACAGCUCCAACCCGACCCAAGCCUUCACCCACUACAACAUCAACCAAAGCCGCUUCCAGCCCCCUCACGUCCACAUGGUAGAGCCGCUUCCCUACGAUGCGCCAAAGUCUGUGGGUCAUACACGUUUCGUCUGCGUCUCAGACACACACUCGAGGACAGAUGGAAUCCAGAUGCCUUUCGGCGAUGUGUUGCUUCACACGGGCGACUUCACUGAGCUCGGCCUGCCGUCUGAAGUGAAGAAGUUUAAUGACUGGUUAGGCGGCCUUCCCUACGAGUACAAAGUUGUCAUCGCUGGAAAUCACGAACUUACCUUCGAUAAAGAUUUUAUGGCGGAACUCAUAAAGCAGGAUUACUACCGUUUCCCCUCAGUGUCCAAACUGAGGUCUGAGGAUUUUGACGAUGUUCAGUCCCUCCUCACAAACUGUGUGUACUUACAGGACUCUGAGGUCACCAUUAAAGGAUUCAGGAUAUACGGGGCUCCCUGGACCCCGUGGUUUAAUGGAUGGGGCUUUAACUUACCUCGUGGCCAAUCUCUCCUGGAUAAGUGGAACCAGAUCCCCGAAGACGUGGAUAUUCUUAUGACACACGGGCCUCCGCUGGGGUUCAGAGACUGGGUGCCUAAAGAACUACAGAGAGUCGGCUGUGUGGAGCUACUCAACACUGUACAGAAGAGGGUCCGACCCAAACUCCAUGCAUAUGGGGGAAUCCAUGAAGGAUAUGGAAUAAUGACAGACGGUUACACCACGUUCAUUAACUCUUCCACAUGUACAGUGAGCUUCCAGCCCACCAAUCCACCAAUCAUAUUUGAUCUCCCAAACCCAGGAAACUCCUGAGACUCAUUAAAGUCUCUUCUUUUUUCUACAUAACUCUUCCUUACUUAAAAGUAAAAAGUCUUUUUGUACUGCUUGUAUUUAAAUGCAUGAAAAUAAAAUAUUUUUUAAGGUCGGAUUGAAGCCGGCACCAUUUGAAUGACUAUUGGAACAUGUGAAUUCAUAUUUGUAAUUUGUCUGAAUCAGUUGCCUUCUGUUUGUCCUUUUUUUAAUCGGUCAGGAUCUUCAAAAGUGCAUUAUUAACGGUACUCCUAAAAGCGUCAGCAAUACUUGACCAUGUCUGAUUUAAUAUUAAGUGUGCUUUGUAAAUUUAUUAUAAAAAGUUAUUUAAAGUUAUAAACUCCUUGUGUGUUGUAUUCAAUUUCGGAUUUAAAUGGUUUAAGUGCAUCUUUCACUCCUGUUGAUGGGUCUGAUUUUAUUGCUACAAUCAGACUUUGCUCUUUUCUCAUCACGAAGACACAUCUUUAUCUUUCAGGCCAAUAAACACCAUAAAGGAAACAUUUUGUCCUCUCAACAUAAAAAUAGACUGGUAGUGUGUGUAAAAAGUUGAAAGCACUUGUUGUGAGCUGUUCCUGUCCUCUAAUUACAGUUUAGAAAACGCUUAAUAUGCAUAUUCGUAAAGAUAGUUGACAGGUAUUCAAGAUGGACUAAAACUUUCAAUGUAAAUUUGCUUCAGGAGACAAAUGUGGUCAAUUGUGUAAAUGCAAUUGUUCUAUAAAUUUGCAGUAUUUCUGCAUUCCAUUGGUUUAGAAACUGGAAAUGACAAUGCUGUACAACACGAAGCCAUUCAAUUUCUCCUCAUCUCCAUUUUUAGUUGUUGUAAAAAUGUGUUGUAUAUUUCAUUGUGGAUCUCCAAUCUUGUGAGCACAAAAAAGUUAUGUCAUUUCUGGUAUUGUAAAUGCUUUCUUUAUAUGUUGUGUGGUUUCAUUUUUUUAUUCAUUGUGACAUUUAUCCAAGUUUAUAUGCAAAUAAAACUGCAAGAUUUUUACCUGA